CCCUCAGUACAUACACUAUGUGGUAUCAUGGUGAGACAUGUUUGUGCUGGCAUAGCUUUAAAAAAGCAAUGUGGAAACCCUUAAAUUAUUAAGCAUCCCUCCAAAGUCUGUCUGCUUGAUCUAAACUGUGCAAGGUGGUGUGAAUAGUUUUACAUUAUUCAUUAAUCCCUUCAGAAACCUGGAAAUCUUUCAACUGCAGAAAGAUAAUGCUUUGUUGUAAUAUAAUGGUAAGUAAUGCCAUCUCAAAAGUUGAUAUGCUGCUUUCUGGUAAGCUUCUACUCUUUGCAGGGAACUUAUAGGAGGGUCUUUAAAAUUAUCAUUCUGUACAGAAGUGUAUUUUUGCUAGUCCUGUUUUCAGCAUGCUCCCUGAAAAACCAUAACCUGCACUGGACUCCACAUCUCUAGGUAAUUGUUCAGCUUGCUCUAGUACUAUUGCACAAUAUAGGCAGGACAUCACAUCUGUGCCCAGGCCAACUCAGCCAGGCAAGGUGUAUUGUUAUUUUCUUACUUGAAAGUAGGGAACAUCCUUGCGGGUAAUUCCAUCAGUCUUAACUACCCCACAUCACUGUAGUGACAGGGUAGGAGAGGGCUAAGUUGGGCACUGUGCACGGAGAUGUGAGUCCCUGACACAUGCCUGUUGGCGAACAUCCCUUUGGCAUGUAGGAACUCAUACGGCAUUCCCUCACUGCAGCCCCAGGCACGUUGAUUGUAAAUGGGUGUGAUGAUAGUCACUUCGUGGCUAACCUAAUGAGACUUCUAGAAGGUGCUGUGUAUGUCAGGGAUAAGGUCCUCAGUUUGCCAGGACAGCUGCUGUCAAUAAAGCCUAGUACAGAUGUUCUGCUGACGACCUGUGGAGACCAAGGACAGAACCAUGCUUCUGUCUCCUCCCCGUACCCUGCUGCUUUUGAAAGUGCUAAGCCUUGUACCUUUCUGAUUGCAGAGGACAUACCAUGAAAAUUUCUUUGGGCUUUUGCCAGGUAUUCUUAUUAGGAGGCUGCCAAGAUACAGUGACUCCAUGCUAAAAAUAGCAAUCAUAGAUAAUGCAGCCUGAGCUCACAGGUAUCUUUUUGCUCUGUGAUAACUUGGUUCGAUGUGAUUAAUUUAGUGAUUUUUUUUUUUUUCAGUGUAACAUGACCUUUCUGAAGAAAACCAUCUUUUCUCUUUCAGCCCAAGUUCCGCUUUCACAUCUCGUUGUACCUAUACUCCUUGCAGCUGGCUGGAUAGUGGGCUGUGCACUAAUGGUUUACAUUGUCUUCUCCUGAUGGAAGACAAAAGAAUUCACAGUGAUGUUGAUUAGAAGAGCCUGGAUGUUAAACUGAAAUUUCUAAUGACUAUUAUAAAAUGAUUUGGUUUUAAUGUCAACACUGCAAACAUGGUGUAUGCUUUUUAUCUACAACAGAAGUUUGAAAUGCUAAUUAGAGUUUUAGGAAGAAUCAUCAAACCAACUUUUCAGGUUUCAAAUGGUUUGUAAUUGAUGGAGUAGUUUCUGGAGUCCAGCAGUAGGUCAGAUACCUGCCUGCUUUGUUGUUGCCACAUUGAAUUGAAGCAGUUUUGGAAACUUUUCCCAGAGUUAGUGAUGCAUUGCUGGACAAAAAAAGUGAGUUCAGCUCAUUUAUAAGAUGUGCUGAGCAGUGGAAGAAGUAUCUCAAUGUGUGUUGGAAAGUAGUAAGUGAGUUAAGACAUUUUUUAAGUUUUGUAGUAAAAAAUAAAUUACUAAAUUUAAAAUAUCAUGGUGGUUCGCUUUCCCUGUCCCAAGAUCUUCAGGGUGUCUUAAAUAAUUUUUCUGAAACUACAUUACCUUCCUUUUAUAAAAAAGCAAACAGUCAGUCACAGAAGCAUACUAGCACAUAAACCAAAAGAAGUCCUUUAGAAAAUGAAAGGCAGACAGGGAAAGUUGCUUGGUAGCAAUGCAUCCUCAAAUGUAUGGCUUGGACUUUCUCAAUUCUAAAUAUUUAAUAGCAUGUAGAUAAAUAUGAAAUUAACUGUUGGUCUCUUCUGUUUACAUGAUGCUCGGAGCCCAAUACUGUAUUUUUCCAUUGAUAACCAAUCCAGUUCUU